UGGCAUGGGUUACCAUUUUUCUCACAACCACACUGAUCCAAGCUUGCCAAAGAGUAGGCACUGCAGUGAGGGAGUGAGUGAGAAUGGGUGGCAAAGCCGUUCUCCUGGUGGCCCUCUUGGCCGUGAGCCUGGUGGUCCAGAUCCAGGCGGACAGCGGCUACACCCCGACGCCGGUGACCCCGUCUCCCAAGCCCGAGAAGCCACCCAAGGGCCACAAGCCGCCCCACCACCACCACCACGCCAAGCCUCCGGCUGGCUCCCACAAGCCGGCGCCUCCCACGGCCACUCCUCCCACGCCGGCGUACAAGCCACCCACGGCCACGCCUCCGGCUCCGACGCCACCGAAGUACACUCCGUCCCCGAAGCCACCGACGCCUAAGCCCACACCACCCACGUAUACCCCGACCCCGAAGCCGCCCACUCCCACACCAAAGCCCACGCCGCCAACGUACAAGCCGGCACCCAAGCCCACUCCUCCCACGUAUAAGCCCACACCCAAGCCCUCGCCGCCGACGUACCCGCCGAAGCCAACACCACCCACCUACAAGCCGGCGCCGAAGCCGACUCCCCCGACCUACAAGCCGGCGCCGAAGCCGACACCGCCCACCUACAAGCCCGCGCCGAAGCCGACGCCCCCGACCUACAAGCCGGACCCCAAGCCGACUCCCCCGACGUACAAGCCCGCGCCGAAGCCGGCCCCCAAGCCUACGCCCCCGAACUACAAGCCGGCGCCGAAGCCGACGCCGCCGUCGUACAAGCCGGCCCCGAAGCCCACUCCCCCGGCACCGAAGCCCACGCCGCCGACACCACCAGCCUACAAGCCGGCGCCGAAGCCGAGCCCUCCGACGCCCGCCCCGCCGGCGUACAAGCCUCCGACUCCGACUCCUCCGGCGUACAAGACCCCCACUCCGAGCCCGCCGCCGCCGCCCUACCACCACUAAGAUCCAUCACUCUCUUUAGUUGGGAGCACAGAAUGUGAUCGAAAAGACGUGAGCCGACUGUCUGAAGAUGACGAGCCUUUGAUUCUCCUCCCGUGCGUCGCCGCCAACCUAGGGCCAAGAUCGAAUAAUGCAGACUGCUCCCUUCAGUUUAUCUUACAGCUUAUAAUUUGUAUUCGCCCAGUCUUAGCGUGGAAGUGCUGGCAUUGUUAGCGUCGUCCCUGUGUUACUGUAAAACCAUUUAGUAACUUUGGAAAUGGAAGUAAAAUCUGUUCACCCUUGUUGUC